GUCGCUGGGCCCCUGCUGCGGGUCCGGGCAUGGGGCGGCGGUGAGUUUGCAAGGCGCGCCGCCAGCGCGCUCUUGCUGAGCGACCCCGACAACCCCGAGCACCCAGAUGCGGGGAAGGGCCUGCAGGCGCGCUUGGUCUUUGUCGACCUGGCGCGCGGCGCCCGCCUCGGCCCCCAGCGCUGGGAGGGCGGCCAGAUUCUCCACGAUCUCGCGCACCCUGAUACCGAUCGCCGCUGGCUGUGGGACCUGAUGGCGGUCGACUACGCCGCGCCGUUCCUUUUCGAGUGCGUCACCGCG